GGAUCGUCAUGUUCAAGUGUACGUUGUGCCUGCUGGGCUUGGCAACAAGUCUGGUAGCAAGCACGACUAACGAAACAGAAAAAUGUCCUCCGGCAAUUACUAUCGACAAGAAGCCACAAAUCUUUGUUCUAACAGACAUCACGAAUGAGCCCGAUGAUUCCAUGUCGCUUGUGCGGCUUUUGCUGCACAGUGACCAAUACAACAUCACCGGAAUCGUGGCCACGACAUCAUACUGGCUCAACAGCACAGUACGACCAGAAGCGAUUUUGAACACGACAAAUGUCUGGGACCAGGUUCUCGACAAGCUGAAUCUUCACUCCGAUGGCGAAUUCCCAACGAAAGCAUACCUCGAAUCGAUCGUCAAAGCAGGACAUCCCGUCUAUGGCACGGAUGUGUUCAAGGAGAAGACACUUUCGGAAGGCGCCAAGCAUUUGAUCGACGUAGUCGAUGACCUUCCCAAAGACGAGAUCCUUCACGUCGGAGGCUGGGGAGGCGUACAGACCCUCGCAGAAGCUCUGAAAUACGUCCGCUCAACACGCAAACCUCAACAAACAGACGAAUUCGUCAGUAAGCUUCGCCUCUACACCAUCAGCGAUCAAGACAACGCAGGACCUUGGAUCCGAAUCAACUUUCCUCGCCUACACUAUAUUGCUUCGAUUCAUGGAUUCAAUGUCUAUCAAGAAGCGACUUGGACAGGGUUCUCUGGUGGAGUAGGAUCAGACACCAGCCUCACGAAUCAGGAGUACUCGACCAAGAAUUUCCAGAUUGGUCCUCUAGGGCCGUAUUAUCCUGAUAUCAGAUACUCGAUGGAAGGUGAUACUCCGACUUUCCUGCACACCAUGGUCAAUGGUAUCAAUGGUGGUCCUGAAGAUCAUCCAGAAUGGGGAGGCUGGGGUGGAAGAUAUGAUUUGGUGGAUCCGAGUCGGCAGACGUUGCAGUAUGCUAACACGGAGGAUACUGUCCUCGGCAUCGACAACAAAACCCACACAACCACCCAAGCCACAAUCUGGCGCUGGCGACAAGCCUACCAAGACGAAAUGUCCGCUCGAGUUCAAUGGACAAUCCAAUCAAACUACUCCUCCGGCUCCCACCCUCCAGUCGUCUCAGUCAACAACUCCUGCGGCAGCAACCACAUCUCCUACACCGUGUCCCCCCUCGAGACAGUAACCCUCUCCGGCGCCUCCACCUACGACCCCGACGAAGGUCUCUCAGGCCACUCCAACGGCCUCGAAUAUUCCUGGUGGCAGUACAAAGAACCCUCCGCAACAAUGGACACGGGAGUGCAACAUAUUCCGACUUUGAAUUUUACGUUAUCGGAGGGAGGAAAAGUCGCGAGUGUGCAAAUGCCAAGCGCAGAAGAAGCUUGUAUUCCUGUACAAGCGGAUGCGAAUGUUGGGUUGGGGAUUCAAAAAACUUGUCAGCAGUAUCAUGUGAUUUUUGAGGUUAGGGGGAGUGGGGAGCCGCCGAUUAGGAGGUAUAAGAGGGUCAUACUUAAGGUGAGGUCGCCGUUGCUUGAUGAGGAUUAUGAGGAGGAGAUUUAGGUGUAGGGAAGGAGAAGGGGGUUGAAAUAGCUGUGGAC